AUGAGGACUGAUUUAGGCAGGGUGUGUAUAUCUGAUCGCCAUGAGCUGCAAUGGGCGCGUGACCUUUUCUUCAGUGCCAGUAUCUUGGCUGGUGCAGUCAGCGGACCUCUUUCUACCCCAGCCCAUGAAGGGUUUUUGACACUCGAUGGGCCUUGGCUGCUGGCGUAUGCGCUGGGGGAAAUGGAUGGCAUCGCCGGCUAUGGCGGCAGGCGCUGGAUCUUUAUCAUCGAGGGACUGGUGACCGUUGUCGCGGCGAUUGUCGCCUAA